AUGAGAGAUUAUAAAUCUGAAGCCUUAUCUACCUCUAUUGCAAAAAAAAAGAAAUUAAUUGACAUGAUCAAAAAGUUUAAUACUAAAAAACUUAUCAAAUUUUUAUUAGAAGAAAUACAGCUAGAUAAGGAUGAUUUAGAUACUAUCUAUGAGAAAAAGGUUUCUGAUCAUGCUUUUAUUAAGUUGACUAAAGAUAAGCUUAAGAAAUAG